AUGCCCAGCGGGGGUUUGGUGACACCCUUCCUGGGUGCACUACAAGCCUGUGUUUCGGUGUUGCUGACAAUGUGCUACGGUUUUGCUGCUCGUCGACUCAAUUUGAUCCAUGAGACUACCAUCAAUGACAUGCUGGGAUUAGGCGUGAAACUCCUCCUACCGGCGCUACUUAUCGUGCAUCUGGGUGAACAGCUUCAUCUUGGGACAGCGAUGAACUAUAUUCCAGUUAUAAUCUGGUCAGUCAUCUACACAACUACAUCGAUCGGCCUUGUGCAUUUCUUAUCGCGUCUCCUUGGCCUGCCGCAAUGGGUUACACCAACUUGCGCGUUCAAUAACACUACAUCUCUACCCUUGUUACUCCUCCACUCCCUAAAGAGCGUAGGCAGUCUGAAACUGAUCCUGCGAGAUGACGAAACCACAUCAUCAGCAAUCGACCGUGCUCAGAGUUAUUUCCUUGUCUGUGGUGUGGUAAGCAAGACUAUCGCGUAUAUCGUUGGACCCAAGAUGUUACAAGAUUGUGGGAAUAGUCUUAGUACCCCAGAGGAGCGAUAUCGUACCCCAAGUAUGCUGGCAGAGGACGAGCAACUCACCGAAGAAACCUCACUACUUCCGCAGCGGGCUCAAGAAGUCCGAACAUCAGCCGGGAACCUGAUUCGGCGAUCAACGCACUGGCUAGGCUCAUUAUUCGCCCAUCGAGUCAAGCAGGAACUCCUCGCACCCUUCGAAUCACCAUUCGCGGACGUGGCGAUACUCUGUACUAUUUUGGGCACGGUGCUAGGGCUGGUCCCCUCAUUGCACCGAGCAUUCUUCUUCGACGAGGAAGACGGCGGGAUAUUCAAUGCAUGGCUGACUGCAAGUAUCAGGAACAUCGGCGGGCUGUUCACAACGCUGCAGAUCUUCAUGGUUGGGUGUAAGCUUGGAAUCACGUUUGAGCGGAUGGUUGCAGAAGGGCACUCGGCACGAAUCCCUGUCAAGGCUAUCACGACCAUCUUUGUCAUUCGGUUGGUGGUCUGGCCGGCGUUGAGUGUUGCGCUGAUUUAUGGAUUGGCUAAGAGGACCCAGCUCCUUGGUGAUGAUCCAAUUCUCUGGUUUAGUAUGAUGUUAAUGCCAGCUGGUCCACCGGCGUUGGUUAUUUCCGGGUUAGCGGAAUUGGCGCAGGCGUCUGAGAUGGAAAAGAUGGUUAUUGCGAAGACGUUGACGAUCAUGUAUGCAUUGUCCCCAUUUAUAUGUUUUAGUAUUACGGGGGCGCUUAAAGCUUCCGAGGCAGUGUUGAGAGUGAAACAGUGA